AUGUCGACCAAAAAGAAGGUUCGUGUUGGAAAGAAGAAAGGAAAGAUUUUGGUUCCAAAAUGGAAAUUGUUUCGAGCAAAGGUGAGUGAAACUAUAUAAUUUUCAAAUCAAAAUUAUUGAUUUUUCAGGAACCACUUCUUUCGGUUUUCAUGUGGGGAAUCAAUCACACAGUCGAUCAAUUAAUGCAUGUUCCACCACCGGGUUUAUUGAUGCCUGAUGAUUUUAAAGCUUAUUCGAAGGUUAAAAUCGAUAAUCACAAUUUUAACAAAGAUAUUAUGCCGAGCCAUUAUAAGGUAAACAUUUAAAAAUUCUGUAAAAAUAGAAAAUCUAUAAUUUUCUUUUUCUAGGUCAAAGAAUAUUGUCCAAAUGUGUUUCGUAAUCUACGCGAACAAUUUGGAGUUGAUCAAUGUGAAUAUUUGAGAAGUUUGACAUCUUGGGAACCCGAACCUGAUCAAUUAGAUGGGUCUGCAAAGGAUUCGACUCCCCGAUUUUUUAUCUCUUAUGACAAACGAUUUGUGAUCAAAUCGAUGGAUUCGGAAGCUGUUGCUGAACUUCAUUCAGUUCUUCGUAAUUAUCAUGAAUAUGUUGUUGAAAGACAAGGAAAAACUCUUUUGCCACAAUAUUUGGGACUUUAUCGGUGAGCUUUUUUUGAGUCCUUUUGGUUUUUCAUGUCCAAAAUAUGCCACGUCAUGACUUAUAUUCAGUGGAGAGCUUUCUGGGGUUUCACUACAUGAAACAUACUUUAAUUUAUUUUUAGAAAUUCAGAUUUGAAAAAAAAAACAUUUUAACAGGAUUUUUUAAUCCAAAAAUCAACUUUUAGCUCCCAAAAACUGUUCACAAAAUAUCAACAAAAAACCCAUUUUCUUUUAAAAAUCAAUUUCCAGUCUCACAAUUGAUGGAAAUGAAACAUACUUGAUUGUCAUGCGAAACGUAUUCGGUCGAAAAUAUGGAGUUCAUACGAAAUUCGAUUUGAAAGGAUCUACAGUAUCCCGUGCUGCUUCGGACAAAGAAAAAGCGAAAGAUUUGCCAACAUUGAAGGAUAACGAUUUUCUUGAGCAGAAUAUGAAAUUGGCGUUGCCUGAAGAAGCGAAACAACAAUUAUUGAAGAUGUUAUCACAGGAUACAGAAUGGUUGUCGAGAAUGCAUUUGAUGGAUUAUUCGCUUCUUGUUGGUAAGAGUUUUGAGUAUUAUGAUGGUUUUGUGAUAACCUAAUUUUAAGAAACCACGAAUUUCUGAAUUUCAAAAAAAAUAUUUCAGGAAUCCAUGAUUGUGAACGUGCUGCCGUCGAAGCCGCCAAUCGUCCAGUCGAACAAACCAGCGAAGAAUCUGGCGAUGAAUUGGCUCCAACACCUCCAGAUAGUCCAAUUCCAUCAACUGGCGGAGCUUUUCCUGGUGUUUCUGGUGGUCCGGAUUUGGAUGAUGAAUUUUAUGCGAUUCACAGUUCACCAAGUAAGUUUUGAAUGGGUUUUGAGAUUUUGGGCUUGUAAUUUUUAAUUUUUUUCAAAACUUUAAUCGUAAACGCUACCGAAAAUAACUUAGAAAAAGCCUGGAAUUUUCCCAAAGACCUCAAACUUAACUCAAAAAAAUCACAAUUUUCUAAAUUCAAAUAGCGCAUUUUCAGCGCACGAUAAAAAUCUGAUCUAUUUCAUUGGACUCGUUGAUAUUUUGACAUAUUAUGGAAUCAAAAAACGAAGUGCAACCGCGGCAAAAACAAUGAAAUAUGGUUCGGAUGUGGAAAAUAUUAGUACUGUAAAACCAGAACAAUAUGCAAAACGUCUUGUCGAAUUUGUUACUCGAGCUCUUCAAAAUUAA